AUGGCAGCCCCAAGAAUUGCCUGCAUCGGGGUCAUUGGGAAAGCGGACAACCCUCUUCAUAUCGAGCUAUUCCCUCCUUACUCGGAUUCCAUGAUCGAGUUCUCGUUUCUACUCAAUUCCUGCCUCGAUAUUUUCGAUAUCCGCCAAAAGCAGACAUCUAUUGACCAGGAUCUUGGUCUUUUGCAUGCCAUCGAUGAGAGACUGGCAGCAUACGGCUGGCUUACAACAACAAGGGUAAAGCUAUUAAUCAUUGUAGAUUUAUUCGGCACAGAGACUGCGAUGUCAGCUGGAUCCGCAGUUAGUGGCAUAAAGGAAGCAGACCUCAAGCCGGCUUUCCGAGCUUUACAGACUGCAUACAUCCAACUCCUCCAAAACCCUUUUUACUCUCCCGAUGACCAUGCCCCAACCUCUGGGUCAACUGUCGGAUCAGCUUCCUCCUGCCAACAAGUACUAAAUCCACGGUUUAUCGCAGCUGUCAAGCGAGUGGGUGAAGCCUGGACUCCAGGAGCAAUACUUUAA